AUGUCCAUAGCACAGGCACACCAUAGCCAGGCAUCAGAUGCCAUAGCAACAGAGCACACCCAUACCCCGAUAACAGAUGCAAUGGCAACAGGCACACCCAUAGCCUUAGCCACAGAUAUGCCAAUGGGCAACAGGCACUCCUCCAUAAGCCGCACACCCAUAGCCAUAGCCACAGAUGCCAUGGCAACAGGCACACCCAUAGCCACGGCAACAGAUGCCAUGGCAACAGGCACACACAUAGCCACGGCAACAGGCACACCCAUAGCCACGGCAACAGAUGCCAUGGCAACAGGCACACCCAUAGCCACGGCAACAGGCACACCCAUAGACACGGCAACAGAUGCCACGGCAACAGGCACACCCAUAGCCACGGCAACAGAUGCCAUAGCAACAGGCACACCCAUAGCCACGGCAACAGAUGCCAUAGCAACAGGCACACCCAUAACCACGGCAACAGAUGCCAUGGCAACAGGCACACCCAUAUCCACGGCAACAGGCACACCCAUAGCCACGGCAACAGAUGCAAUAGCAACAGGCACCCCCAUAGCCACGGCAACAGAUGCCAUGGCAACAGGCACACUCAUAGCCACGGCAACAGGCACACCCAUAGCCACGGCAACAGGCACACCCAUAGCCACGGCAACAGAUGCCAUGGCAACAGGCACACCCAUAGUCACGGCAACAGAUGCCAUGUCAACAGGCACACCCAUAGCCACGACAACAGAUGCCAUGACAACAGGCACACCCUUAACCACGGGAACAGAUGCCAUGGCAACAGGCACACCCAUAUCCACGGCAACAGGCACACCCAUAGCCACGGCAACAGAUGCCAUAGCAACAGGCACACCCAUAGCCACGGCAACAGAUGCCAUGGCAACAGGCACACCCAUAUCCACGGCAACAGGCACACCUAUAGCCACGGCAACACAUGCCAUGGCAACAGGCACACCCAUAGCCACGACAAGAGAUGCCAUGGCAACAGGCACACCCAUAGCCACGGCAACAGAUGCCAUAACAACAGGCACACCCUUAACCACGGGAACAGAUGCCAUGGCAACAGGCACACCCUUAACCACGGCAACAGGCACACCCAUAGCCACGGCAACAAGUGCACCUCCAGCCGCAGGUGCCACGGCAUCAGGACCGCCCGCAGCCACGCCGACGACCGCGACCGAGUCUCCGCCUCCUGCCUCCGCCGCCCGCCGCACAGUUGGUCUGAGAGCACCUCUGGCCGGGCAUACGCUCACAUAUACAUAUACUCGCACCUACCCUUUCCGCGUCUCCCGAGCUGCGGCGAACCUCGAGGCGAGAGGAGCUUCCGAGCAGCCAAGGGGCCCAGCUGCGCAGCUCUCCUACAGGUCAGCUCUCCUGCGGGUCAGUUCACCUACAGGUCAGCUCUCCUGCGGGUCAGUUCACCUACAGGUCAGCUCUCCUGCGGGUCAGUUCACCUACAGGUCAGCUCUCCUGCGGGUCAGUUCACCUACAGGUCAGCUCUCCUGCGGGUCAGUUCACCUACAGGUCAGCUCUCCUGCGGGUCAGUUCACCUACAGGUCAGCUCUCCUGCGGGUCAGUUCACCUACAGGUCAGCUCUCCUACGGGUCAUUUCACCUACAGGUUAGUUCUCCUGUAGGUGAGUUCACUUACAUGUUAGCUCCCCUGCAGGUUAGUUCACCGACAGUCAGCUCUUCUGCAGAUCAGUUCACCUACAGGUCAGCUCUCUUGUCAGCUCUCCUGCGCGUCAAUUCACUUACAGGUCAGCUCUUCUGCAGGUCAGCUCUCCUGCAGGUCAGUUCACCUACAGGUCAGCUCCUCUGCGGGUCAGUUCACCUACAGGUCAGCUCUUCUGCAGAUCAGUUCACCUACAGGUCAGCUCUCCUGCGGGUCAGUUCACCUACAGGUCAGCUCCCCUGUGCGUCAAUUCACCUACAGGUCAGCUCUCCUGCGGGUCAGUUCUACUACAGGUCAGCUCUCCUGUGCGUCAAUUCACCUACAGGUCAGCUCUCCUGUGCGUCAGUUCACCUACAGGUCAGCUCUCCAGUGCGUCAGUUCACCUACAGGACAGCUCUCCUGCGCGUCAAUUCACCUACAGGUCAGCUCUCUGCGCGUCAAUUCACCUACAGGUCAGCUCUCCUACAAGUUAGUUCACCUACAGGUCAGCUCUCCUGUGCGUCAAUUCACCUACAGGUCAGCUCUCCUACAAGUCAGUUCACCUACAGGUCAGCUCUCCUGUGCGUCAAUUCACCUACAGGUCAGCUCUCCUACAAGUCAGUUCACCUACAGGUCAGCUCUCCUGUGCGUCAAUUCACCUACAGGUCAGCUCUCCUACAAGUCAGUUCACCUACAGGUCAGCUCUCCUGUGCGUCAAUUCACCUACAGGUCAGCUCUCCUACAAGUCAGUUCACCUACAGGUCAGCUCUCCUGUGCGUCAAUUCACCUACAGGUCAGCUCUCCUGUGCGUCAAUUCACCUACAGGUCAGCUCUCCUACAAGUCAGUUCACCUACAGGUCAGCUCUCCUGUGCGUCAAUUCACCUACAGGUCAGCUCUCCUGUGCGUCAAUUCACCUACAGGUCAGCUCUCCUACAAGUCAGUUCACCUACAGGUCAGCUCUCCUGUGCGUCAAUUCACCUACAGGUCAGCUCUCCUACAAUGCCAUCCUUCCUGCCUGGACGCCCUUCGUGAUCAGCCGUGGUCAGCGGGGAUUCGAACGCUCCUCCAUUCCCCCGGUAGGCCAGCGCAAAGCCACGUGGGCCAAGAGAAAUAUUGAAACUAACAGUAAUAUAACAGCAUUUAGAAUAAAGCGUGAUGUUAACAAGAAAUGGAGGGAGAAGUCUAUUCACUUGUCAGUUAAACAUUUCAAUCCAAACAAAUCUAAAAUUAACAUCACAGACUUCACAGAUUGCAUCCUUUAA